AUGCUUUCCUUUCAACAAGUACUCGAAUCCACUCAAACUGCCUUGAAGUCGAUGCCUCCCGGCUAUUUGCCAAAAUGGUUAUUGUUCAUCUCUGUGGUCUCUGUCUUUAAUUCAAUUCAAACCUACAUCUCUGGUUUGGAAUUAACGCGUAGAGUUUAUGAACGUAAACCAGCUGAGACUACGCACUUGAGUGCUAGAACAUUCGGUACGUGGACAUUCAUCAGUUGCGUGAUCAGAUUUUAUGGUGCUUUGUACUUACAAGAAGAGCACAUUUUUCAAUUGGUAUUCAUUUCCUAUCUAGUCGCAUUGGUUCACUUCGGUAGUGAACUACUCAUCUUUGGUACCUGUAAGAUUGGUAAGGGUUUCAUGGGGCCUUUGGUUGUGUCUACUACAUCUUUGCUUUGGAUGUAUAACCAGAAGGAAUACUACACCGGAAAGGGAUGGUGA